GGGGCGGCAGUGCAGUCACUGCGAGCGGGGCGCCGGGUCCUCCGCCCAGCUCGGGGCCAUGAGGACCGCGCUGGUGUACCACGAGGACAUGACUGCCCCCAGGCUGCUCUGGGAGGACCCCGAGUGUGAGAUCGAGUGUCCGGAGCGCCUGACCACCGCCAUGGGACUCCUGCAGCAGCGUGGCCUGGAGCAGAGGUGCCUACGGUUGGCAGCCCGAGAGGCCUCGGAGGCAGAGCUGGGCCUGGUGCACAGCCCAGAGUACGUGGUCCUGCUGCGGGGGACUCAGGCCCUGGGCACGGAAGAGCUCCAGGCACUGUCUGGACAGUAUGAUGCCGUCUAUUUCCAUCCGAGUACCUUCCACUCUGCACGGCUGGCUGUGGGGGCUGGGCUGCAGCUGGUAGAUGCAGUGCUGACUGGAGCUGUGCACAAUGGGCUUGCCCUGGUGAGGCCUCCUGGGCACCACAGCCAGAGGGCUGCCGCCAAUGGAUUCUGCGUGUUCAAUAACGUGGCCAUAGCGGCCAAACAUGCCCAGCAGAAACACGGACUGCACAGGAUCCUCAUCGUUGACUGGGAUAUUCACCAUGGCCAGGGCACCCAGUAUAUCUUUGAAGAUGACCCCAGUGUCCUUUACUUCUCUUGGCACCGUUACGAGCAUGGGCGCUUCUGGCCCUACCUGCAAGAAUCCGAUGCAGUAGCUGUUGGGCAGGGGCAGGGCCGAGGCUUCACUGUCAACCUGCCCUGGAACCAGGUCGGGAUGGGAAAUGCUGACUACAUGGCCGCCUUCCUGCACGUGUUGCUCCCCCUGGCUUUUGAGUUUGAUCCUGAGCUGGUGCUGGUCUCAGCAGGAUUUGACUCAGCGAUCGGGGAUCCCGAGGGGCAGAUGCAGGCUACGCCAGAGUGCUUUGCCCACCUCACACAGCUGCUGCAGGUGCUGGCCAGCGGCCGGGUCUGUGCCAUGCUGGAGGGUGGCUACAACCUGGAGUCGCUCUCUGAGUCUGUGUGCAUGACAGUGCAGGCCUUACUGGGUGACCCUGCCCCACCCCUGUCAGGGCCCAUGGUACCACAUUGCAGCGCCCUGGAGUCCAUCCAGAGUGUUCGGGCAGCCCAGGUCCCUCACUGGACAAGCCUCCAGCAACAAGACUUGACCCCUGUCCUGAGUCCCAGCACCUGCACCCCAGAGGGGAGGCCCUCGCCUCUGCUGUCUGGGGGACCCGAAUUCAAGGUUGCAGCCGCCCAGGCCACAGCAGCACUGAGCGCCCUUCUGGACCAGAUGCACCUCCGCCGCACACCCCCUGUCCGCACAGCUGUUUCUCUGACUGGGCUGGAUGCUGCUCUGGCCCUGCCCUCUGACAUCCUCCAUCAGGAGGGGUCAGCCCUGAAGGAGGAGACACAAGCCUGGGCCAGGCUACAUGAGGCCCUGGCCAAGGACGAGCCUGUCAGUGCACUUGGGAAGGUCCUGUACCUUUUGGAUAGGAUCUUGGAUGGGCAGGAGAGCAGCAGUGUCGCAGCCACCCGGGCCCCUGCUGCAGCUGCCACCCUGGACAUGGCCAUUCGGUGCAGCCUUUCCCGGGGAGCCCAGAGGCUUCUCUGUGUGGCCGUGGGACAGCUGGAUCGGCCACCGGACCUUACUGAUGAUGGGUAUGCCCCUUGCGUCAUGUGUCCAUCCAGUCCUGCAUCACUGUGGGUCCCCAGGAGAAAUGGCUGGGUGGGCCAGAGGGGCCCAGGGAACAAUGCCAGGAGGGUCUCCAGCACAGAGGGUCAGCACUUCCAGCACCCCUACCCCCAAACUCUCCCGCACCUCCCAACUCUGGAGGGUGAGUGGGCUGUCACUCACACGCACGUUUCCAUGGGCCCACUCUCCCUUAAAAGGAGGACUCUGUGGCUGAACAUCAGGGGCAAGGAAGCUGCUGCCCUAUCCAUGUUCCACGUCUCCAUGCCACUGCCAGGGACUACUGGCGGGUUCCUGAACUACCUCCUAGCCCUGGUGCUGCCCCUGGCCUAUGGCUUCCAGCCUGACCUGGUGCUGUUGGCACUGGGGCCUGCCCAUGGCCUACGGGACCCCCAAGCUGCACUCCUGGCUGCACUGUUGCGGGCACCUGCAGGGUGCCGAGUCUUGGCUCUUGUGGAUGAAGAAUCCACACCCCAGCUUGCAGGAGUCCUGGCCCAGGUGCUGCAUGGAGAGGCACCCCCCUGCCUGGGCCCCUUCUGCGUGGCCUCCCCAGAGGACAUGCAGGCCUUGAUGCACCUUCGAGGGCAGCUAGAGCCACAGUGGAAGCUACUGCAGGUGGCCGGUGAGACUGGGAACAAGGCUCCGGCUGACUGCUUGGGGCCCUGGGGGACAGCCCUGCUUCAGAGCUCCGAGGGGAGAGGGGCUCACGUCUUGGGACUGGGGUGCUGCCCUGAACCAGUGCACAGCCGAGCCACGCGGAUUGUGCGCCUCUUCCCAGCUCCCACUUCACUGCCAGGACCCGGUGGCUUGAAAUCGGCCAGGGUGGGAGUAUUUACACCCCAGAAAUGACACUACAAACCAGCCCCCCAAGAGCACACCGCUGCCUGCGGCCUCCGUCCUGAGUGAUGUCCCGGCCACGGGGCGCCUGGGGCACUGGCUCGGGCACUGUGCCCACUGCCCGGACCUGGAACGCCCUCGGCACCCGCGUCC